AUGUCAAGAGACGAGAUCAGGCAUUCAAUGAACCGCGACUACGAUAGCGACGGGGACUUUGUUAUCCGGCCAAGUAGACAAAAUGAUUAUGAAGAUGAAGACGUAGCAGAAGAGGAAAAUGAAUAUUCGUACCCCGAGGAGGUUGAUGAUGAUGUUGAAUCGUAUGAGGGAAACAUGUAUCACUUUGGAGACGAAGAGAACGAAAGAGAUGAAGCAUACGAAAAUUCGCAAGACAGUGAACAUUCCGGGGAAAACCCCACUGAAGAAGUUGAUGGUAAUGAAGGGGAUGAUAUUGAAGACGAACUCCGCAAUACAACGCUGCGGGGUGCGCAAAGGCAGUCUUCCUUGCAGGAAUUACUUGGGUCCUUAGCCCAGAACAUGGAGGGGCCUUCCCGUGAACACGGUGGAGAGAAUUCACGAAGAGUCAACAUAGCUGAUAUUUUUCCUGAGAUGUUCAGUAUGAUGGGAGCUGGGCGUUCAACUGGUAGAGGCAACCCACGACUAAUCAAGCUUUUGGAUAAUGUUACGAACGCGCAGGACGACCCGUAUAUCGCUAUGGAAAGUUUAAGGGAGCUGUCGGAGCAAUUGCUAAUGAUGAGUCCGCUAGCGGCAGAACGCGCUGUGCCUCAGGAAGACCUUUUAAAAGGAAUAGUUGAUAUAUUCAUGGACCCGUUGCUUCAAGGCGAGCUUGAGCUGCAGCUCAUAGCGUUUCGUUGCUUGUACAACCUGUUCGAAGUCAACCCGGACAUGAUUUCGAUAGCGGUCGACAGAAAUGUUAUUGCCGCAUGCAACGAUAAACUGGCAGAGAUAAGCUACAUUGAUUUGGCAGAACAAGUUUUGGAAACGCUUGAAAUUAUAUCUCGUCUGCACGGAAGAAGCGUUCUGCAAUCAGGCAGCUUGCUGGCUUGUUUACAAUAUUUGGACUUUUUUACCUCUCAUGCGCAGAGAAAGGCAGUUACUAUAGUGGUGAAUUCAUGCGCAAAAAUACGAGCGGUUGACCUGGGUCACAUAUCAGACAUCAUGUGGAGGCUCAAAGAAAUCUUCGUGAGCUCCCAAGAUCAUUCGCUCCGGCAAAAUAUGUUGAAUGUGUUUUACGGUAUUUGCGCCGGGUUAGGAAGGGGUGACAAGACACUUGAAGGACUAUUUGAUUUCGAGCUCAUUGAAAGUAUCAUGCAACUCAUUUCAAAUGGGGAAACUAACCUUGAGAGCAGGCUCAAAGCAUUUGAUAUACUUUCUCAAGUUUUGGUAAGUGGGGAAGUAUUAGCACCCCAAAUAAUUGGAUGCGGAAGGGUUUUGGAUAUGUUAAUGAGCUCCAUGAAUGAGUACAAAAAGAGUACAGCAUCUCAGUUGCAUGAAACUGUAAUGUUCGCACCAAAGCCCUUGCUAACAUGUAUUUCGCGGUUUAUUGUUGUGCUUUUCCCAGGAGAAGACAAACAAAUUCUUUCGGCGGAUACUCCGAAACAAUACGAAUUUCAAGGAAUAGAAGAACAGUCAAGGCAGCUAGUUAAAGGCCUAGGUCCGUUUUUGGUUCAAGUGUAUGUCAACGCCGUGGACUUCCAAAUUCGGCGACUUGUGUUGGUCGCUCUCGCUCGUGUCUUGUCACCACAUAUUCCCAUCGAGACUUGUGAUAUAGACAAAGGGAUUGUUUCCAUGAUUGCUUCUAGCCUCGCACGUAACAUGGCACUUUUUGAGCAGAGUGGCUUCAAGGAUCAAGUUUCUGGGGUGCUUCUUCUGGGAAGUUUGCGGCUUGUGACAUCACUUCUUGAGAAAAAUGCUUCCGAACACUUGCCGGCUUUUGUGAGGGAAGGUGUUUUUGAGUCAUUCAAGUCGUUUUCAAAGGAGUUAUCCUCAAUUGUUCCCGAGUCCUUAGAGAAGACACAAGCUGGGGACCCUCCUCAAAACAACGGAAAGUUUACUGACAUUAGUGAUACAAAUAGCGAGUCUAACUACCAUAGCGAUGAUGACGACUAUAAUAUGGAAUUUGAAGGUAUGGAGAGUCCAGAUCAUACACGGCCUAAUCGAGUUUGCUUUCGUAUUUUGAAACACCUAAAAUUGAACUAUGUCCAAAAUGAGCUGGCUAACACGCUUGAGAGUGUGAUUGAAUCCUACGGAGGCGAAGGCGCUGUAAUUAGCGAGAUCAGCGAAAUUAACUCGCUAGUCGAGCGUCUUCGCCUGCUAGACGUUCAUUCUGAUACAUACGAGUACUGGCAACGUAUUUGGCUGGAAGUGAAAUCCAAACUUUUCAUGAGUAAUUUUGUUUGCUCGGGAUUUGAGUUCAUUUCCAGUGGCUUGGCAGACGAAAUGUCGAAGCUGGUUCUCAGCAACUCUUCUAAGAGCAGCAUUUGCCAAAGGGCUUUGAUAGAGACAUUUGGUGAAGACCUUGAGACGUUUGCCGAAAUUAUUCAAUCGGCGCUUACUCGCCUGGAAUCUUUCGAGUUAUUAGACUGUGGAUUACAUGGCGAAGAUGGGAAAGGAGCCUCUUUGGGGAAACAGGUUAAAAUAAGGCUUGAAUACGAUGGCGAUGCAGUCGAAGAUGGAAUUCCAAAAAACCUGCAGGCAGUUACUGUUGCAAUCCAUUGCGUAGCAACAUUUAGAUCUCUCAAUGAGUUCUUGAAACACCGAGUAUUACAAAGUCAGCUGAUAACCUCUUUAAUACCUGCUUUGGCUAUGCGGGUUGAUCGGCAGGACGACGAUGUGAAAUGGAGCUUCGAUUUCGCGUUUAACAACACAAAAUGUGAUCAUCAAGACACCAUUUUUGGGGCGAUAUUUAGGCCUAUCAAGAACGCAGGGAAGGAUAGUAAGUCGCUCUGGAGUGAACCGCACAUUAUCAGAUAUAAGAAGGCACAGGGGAAGGACAGUGACCAAAAAUUGAGUACCCUAUACUUCGGCGGCCCAAGAGGGUUGAAUGAACUUGGCAGGCUUGAAGGUCUCCUUGUCCUUCUUAAAUGUCUCAGAGGUAGUUCUUUGCGGCCUGAAUGUUUUGUCAAUUCAAAGAUAAGUGCUAAGCUAGCAUGCCAGCUGGAAGAGCCCCUUAUUGUUGCGGGCGGGUUACUUCCUUCGUGGACUGUGCUCCUCACAAGGAAUUACCCAUUUCUGUUCCCCUUUGAAACUCGGAUGUUCUUUCUACAAAGCUCUUCAUUUGGACAUGGAAGGUUGAUUCAAGUUUGGAGAAAUCGCGUGGGUAGCGACAAGGGAGACUUUGCUGACGCUUUGCAUCAAUUGGGCAGGCCAACAAGGAGGAAGCUUAAAGUUUCAAGGGGAGCGGUUUUCCUAAGCGCAUUGAAGAUCCUGGAUAAGUACGGCUCAACGCCCAACAUUUUAGAGGUUGAGUUCCUCAAUGAAGUGGGAACGGGACUAGGUCCUACUCUAGAAUUCUUUGCCAUUGUAUCGAAAGAGUUCGCGUACAAAUCUUUGAGAAUGUGGAGGUCUGAGAAUUUUAAUUCCUGUAAAGAGGGCGAACUAGUUGAGGAGCAUCUUUUUCCUGCACCUUUACUAGCCUCAAGUAAUCAAGAAAAAACCCUAGAGCUUUUCCACAAACUGGGAACUUUUGUAUCAAGGUCCAUGCUGGAUGAUAGAAUUUUGGAUUUUCGUUUCAGCAAAGCAUUUUUUGAGCUGGCUCACAUGUAUGCUAGAAACGAGAAAAUUCGAUUUGAUGAUUUCGACUUGACAAUCGACUACAUGAGCAUGGUUGAUCCACACUUAGCCAAGUCUAUGAAAUACCUGUUCACCCUUAAAAAUGAUCAUGACUUCGAAUCUUUGUCUUUGACAUUUUAUCUUUCAGGGUACAACAUAGAGUUGAUUGAAAACGGCAAAGAUGUUGCCGUAACUAUUGAAAACUUCCCUGACUAUUUCGAAAGGUUGUCAGAUCAGGUCUUGGGCACUGGAGUUAAAAUGCAGAUCCAAAGUUUUAUUGAAGGGUUUUCUCGAACGUUCCCAUAUACUUCUUUGUUGGCAUUGACUCCGGACGAGCUUACGGACCUAUUUGGUAGUGUAGAGGAAGAUUGGACACACGAGACUUUGUAUGCGUAUGUUGAUGCAGAUCAUGGCUACAGUCACGAUUCAAACAUCAUCCACGACCUCAUAUCCAUUAUGACAUCUUUUUCCAAGGCGGAGCGCCGCCUCUUCCUUGAGUUUUUAACAGGAUCUCCCAAGUUGCCGAUAGGCGGUUUCAAAAGUCUAAACCCAAGGAUGACGGUAGUUCGGAAGCAUACAGAGAACGAUCUAGAGCCGGAUCAUUACCUCCCAAGUGUAAUGACGUGCGCAAACUAUUUGAAAUUGCCCAAGUAUAGCAAUAAAGAUGUUUUGAAGUCAAGAGUUCUGCAAGCCAUGAAAGAAGGUCUGGGAGCUUUCCUGCUAUCUUGA